GUGAACGACCGUUAUCCGUGAUGAUGAAGAGAAUCCGUUAUCUUUACCGGAAGCUGGUUAGCUGCACGCGCUGAACCGGACAGAAGCAGACGGCAAGAUGGUGACCGGAGCAGGAAAGAAGGGCAAGAAGGUGGAGGAGGAGGAGCAGCCUGCAGCAGUGAAGGAGGAAGAGGAGGAGGAGUAUGUGGUGGAGAAGGUGUUGGAGCGCAGAGUGGUUAAGGGAAGAGUAGAGUUCCUGCUGAAAUGGAAGGGGUUCUCAGAUGAGGAGAACACAUGGGAGCCACAAGACAACCUGGACCUGGACCUGAUCACCGAGUACAUGCAGAAACACAAGGAGACGGAGGAGAAGAAGAAGAAGGAGGGCAAGAGGAAAGGUGUCAGGGAGGAGGAGGCACCUUCAUCAGACGGCAAGAUGGCGACCGGAGCAGGAAAGAAGGGCAAGAAGGAAGAGGAGGAGAAAGAGGAGGAGGAGCAGCCUGCAGCUGUGAAGGAGGAAGAGGAGGAGGAGGAGGAGUAUGUGGUGGAGAAGGUUUUGGACCGCAGAGUGGUGAAGGGAAGAGUAGAGUUUCUGCUGAAAUGGAAGGGGUUCUCAGAUGAGGAGAACACAUGGGAGCCACAAGACAACCUGGACCUGGACCUGAUCACCAAGUACAUGCAGACACACAAGGAGAUGGAGGAGAAGAAGAAGAAGAAGAAGAAGAAACAGAGAGGAGGAGAGGGACCCAAACAUCACCGCUGUCAACACUGUGACAAAUCCUUAACAUCAUCAAAACAUUUAAAGAUUCAUCAGAGAGUUCACACUGGAGAGAAGCCGUACAGCUGUGAUCAAUGUGGGGAAAAGUUUUCUCUUAAUGGUAACCUUAAAAGACACCAGCGCAUUCACACUGGAGAGAAACCUUACAGCUGUGAUCAAUGUGGGGCAGCUUUCACACAACAGAGUACCCUAAAAAUACAUAAACGCAUUCACACUGGAGAGAAGCCUUACAGUUGUGAACAAUGUGGGGCAGCUUUUACAGAUCAGAGUUACCUAAAAAUACAUAAACGCAUUCACACUGUAGAGAAGCCUUACAGUUGUGAACAAUGUGGGGCAGCUUUCACAAAUAAGAGUCACCUUAAAAGACACCAGCGCAGUCACGCUGGAGAGAAGCCGUACUGGUGUGAACAAUGUGGAAAAACGUUUUCUCAGAAUAGUAACCUUAAAUCUCACCAGCUCAUUCACACUGGAGAGAAGCCGUACAGCUGUGAACAAUGUGGAAAAACGUUUUCUCAUAGUAGGUACCUUAAAUAUCACCAGCGCAUUCACACUGGAGAGAAGCCGUACAACUGUGAACAAUGUGAAAAAACGUUUGCUAGUAGUACUCAACUUAACUCUCACCAGCGCAUUCACACUGGAGAGAAGCCGUACUGGUGUGAACAAUGUGGGAAAACGUUUGCUCAUAGUAGUCAUCUUAAAUCUCACCAACGCAUUCACACUGGAGAGAAGCCGUACAGCUGUGAACAAUGUGGAAAAACGUUUUCUUUGAGUGGUAGCCUUAAAUCUCACCAGCGCAUUCACACUGGAGAGAAACCUUACAGAUGUGAACAAUGUGGGGAAACUUUUUCUUUGAGUGGUAGCCUUAAAAAACACCAGCGCAUUCACACUGGAGAGAAACCUUACAGCUGUGAACAAUGCGGAAAAACGUUUUCUGAUAGUAGUAGCCUAAAAGCACACCAGCCCAUUCACACUGGGGAGAAGUUGUACAGCUGUGAACAAUGUGGAAAAUCGUUUUCUCAUAGAAGUAGCCUUAAAUUUCACCGACGUGUUCACACUGGAGAGAAGCCGUACUGGUGUGAACAAUGUGGAAAAUCGUUUUCUCUGAGUAGUAACCUUAAACUUCACAGACGUCUUCACACUGGAGAGAAGCCGUACUGGUGUGAACAAUGUGGAAAAAACUUUUCUAGGAGUGGUACCCUAGAUAUCCACCGACGUGUUCACACUGGAGAGAGACCGUACUGGUGUGAGCAAUGUGGGGAAACAUUUUCUACGAGUGGUCACCUUAAAAGACACCAGCGCGUUCACUCUGCCUCGGUGUGAACGUGUUUCAGAGCCAAGCUGUUUCCUCCUUCUCAUGGCCUGUUAGCUGUGUUGUUAUAUUCUGAUCUUCUCUCCACAUUGAAGGCUGACCAGCAGUAACUUUAUCUUCUGAGCAGCAUGAUGUUAUCCUGGCUACGACUACGUAUCACGCUCCCUCCCUUUGAAGGGUUAACUCCACUCAAAAUGAGCUUUUAUUCCUAUAAUAAAAUAUUCUGAGGUCAGGGUUCAACUGCUAGCGCUGUUUCACUAAUGCUGCAACGGAGGAGUAUUUGUUCUUA